UUGAUGUAGUAUGAAAUUAUGAACUGAUGAAAUGAUAUAAUAGUCUAAUAGAUAAAUAUCUAAUUUAUCAUAAGAAAUAUAACAUCAGAAGAAAAAGAAAUAGAUGUUUGUGAUAGCGGCUGCUGUAGCUCAGUGUGCUAAACAGUCUGUAAUUAUAAUCAGAGGCGGAUAGGCCUAUAUGCCUGUGCGCCCGGCUCAUCCAUGAGUCAACUGAGAAACACGAAAAGUUAGAAUAGCCAAGCCCAAGUCAUACUGACUGGACCAAGGUGCAUUUAGAUCUAAUUCAUAUCAAAGUGUUUUAAAAGAACAUACACAGCAAUGGAUACGAUCAUUAACUACAAAAGGGAGGAUGCAGAUGACUAUUACCAUAUCUUAGGAUGUGAUGAGUUAUCAUCAGUGGAGCAGAUCAAGACAGAAUACAAGACCCGGGUUCUAGACUGUCACCCAGAUAAAAAUCCCAAUGACCCAGAUGCAGCUAAGAGGUUCUCUCGCCUGCUACGUGCCAAGGAAACUCUGGAGGAUCCUGCCAACAGGAGGCUUUAUGACAACUGGAAGAGAAGUGGAAUAGCUAUGCCCUUUGAACAGUACACUAGUAUGAAAGAAACAGUGAAAACAUCCAUGCAUUGGGCAUACAAGACUAAGAAAGAACCAAUGCUAGAAGGAGGAAAAAUUAAUGAAAGCACUAAUGCAAAUGAAGGAAGUCAGCCAGCAACAAGUCCAAAUGUUUUACAUUGCAACAGCACAAAAUAUAAUACUAGUCAACAUGCAGAGAACUGGGUUAAAGCUCACUGGGUGGGGGAUGAACCAAGUGAAAUGCUGAAAAAGUUCAGGAACUAUGACAUAUGAUGAACAGUGAUCUCUCCAGUAUUAAUAUAAUUGCACAAGUUAGUGUUGAACCAACCCGUGAAACAAAAAACAAUUAACAUUAGAUAACAGUCUUGAAUGAUUGGCACAACUGAGUGAUGUGGUGUUGGCAAAUAAGUACCUAUAACUAUAAACAGAGACAGGAGUGGACCCUGAUCACAUAUAUUGGUAUAAUCCAACAAAGUGCAAGUGCAACAUUUGCAGUUCAGCUUGUGAGUGAUGCUUGGGUAAAUUACCUCUGAUUCUGCAGUAUAAUGGAAUGUGCAUGGUUGAUGAAGUGGAUUAACAAAUUUUAUAAAAGUUUUUUGACACCCAAUAAGUUGUAGGUUGAGAUUGAAAAGGUUUUAGGUACAUUCAGUUUCUUAAUAAAUCUUGUCAUCCAUCAAAGCAUUCAUUCCAUGAAAGCCACAGGAUUUUGUUCAAAUGUGUAUGCACAUUAUAAUCUGAGGACAGCUGAUUAAAUUUUGCAAAAAUAUAUAUGAUAACUCAAAUACCAGUUGUCAGAUUUCUAAUUGAAAGCCCAUGAUUAUAUGCUGUUCAAGAAGAAAUUAUCAAAAUGGUUGCGGA